GGGCCGACACCCGCGUGCUGCGCUGCGCUGCGUCGCGCGUCUGCGGCGGACUCAGACUCGACCACGGCGGACGGCCACACACCCCUGACACGCGCCCUCAGCUGGACACAAUGAAGACGGAGUACCGGGUGUGCGCGGCGUGCCAGGAGCCGAUCACGGACAAGUACCUGCUGCAGGUGAGCGGCCGCACGUGGCACGCGCACUGCCUGCGCUGCUGCGUCUGCCAGCUCGCCCUCGACCGGCAGCCCUCCUGCUUCAUCAAGGACGACAGCGUCUACUGCAAGGCCGACUACGCCAAGAGCUUCGGGGCGAAGUGCGCCAAGUGCUGCCGCGGCAUCUCGGCGAGCGACUGGGUGCGCAAGGCGCGCGCGCACGUCUACCACCUGGCGUGCUUCGCGUGCGACGCCUGCAAGCGGCAGCUGUCCACGGGCGAGGAGUUCGCGCUGCACGAGGACCGCGUCCUCUGCAAGACGCACUACCUCGAGACGCUCGACGGCGGCAGCACCUCCUCUGACGAGGGCGGCGAUUCGGAGAGUUACCACAAGAACAAGGCGAAGCGCGUGCGCACCACGUUCACGGAGGAGCAGCUGCAGGUGCUGCAGGCCAACUUCCAGCUGGACUCGAACCCGGACGGCCAGGAUCUGGAGCGCAUCGCGCAGAUCACUGGCCUGAGCAAGCGCGUCACCCAGGUCUGGUUCCAGAACUCGCGCGCGCGCCAGAAGAAGCACCUGCACACCGGCAAGAUGAAGACACAGAUGCACCACGCGCCGCCGCCGCUGUCUCGCGACGCUGAAGCCGCGGCGACGUUCGGCCGGCACAUCAACCUGCACCUCACCUACUCCUUCCAGGCGCAGCAGCCGCCGCCGCCCAAGGCCGCCGCCGCCGCCCUCUUCGUGCCACACGCGCAAGACUCUUCGAUGGACGAGCUGUCCUCCGACUCGAUGGUGCAGUGCAUGCGCGGUGAGGUAUGAGACGCGCCCAUGGCGCUGGCGGGACACCUGGACGACGGGUGACUGCUGGCGCCGCGCGCGGCCGCCGAUCGAAGCUGCCUAUGACGCCCACUGCCGCACUCGCUCGCUCGGUGCCGUCUCCGUUAGUGGACGGACUGCGCGUCUUACUAGGGGACGUGAUAAGCAAGCUACUCGUCCACGUUACACACUGGCACCACAAGGACUGCUGGAAACGCUAAUACUUGGUUAUCCUUCUCACUGUUUCUGUUACUGAUCGUCCUAUACUUGAAAGCUGAAAUAUGCGAAUGAUUCUUGCCUUAAUUGUAAACCAGUAACUUAUGUCUAUGCUGCUAGACUUAGUCUGUACGAUAAAAGAAGACUGUCAUUGUCUGUGUGGCUCCUACAUAAUUUAUUUUUCUUCUGUAGUCGUUAAUUCGCCACAGAUACUGAUAGAAAAAACGUACGUUAAGAUGAGACCUUCAGUUUUCACGGCUUGAGUUCUGAAGACAGUCUCAGGCGCGUAAUAGUGCUGCUGUGUAUAUAUGAGCUCACUGCAGUCUUUAGGAACUAUGAUCUAAUCGACGCAAAGAAAAAGCUGUCCUCUUCAGAAUAUCGCUUAAAUGCCACAAAGUAUCGCCACAGAGCUGUGCAUUGCACAAACUGCUGGAGGAUAUGCCUUUACUAUUUUGAUCACGCAAAUGUAACCUCGUUUCAGAAGAUAUCGUAUAUUAAAUGUGGAGCGAGUUUUUCUCCAGUUAUCUGUCAUCCGUGCUUUUCACCAUAGUGUAACAUCAGUGUAUUAAAUGGAAUUUCAAAGCUUUGCUUAAACUCUUGUAUGAACAUUGACUUUAUUUAAGUCACUGCAUUUUGCCGAGAACUGUCCGUUCUGAAAAAGAUGGAAUCCUACGAACAUUUCUUGUACUGUUUGAAAUCAGCCCCAAGAACCUAAUGGAGGACAUGAGUGAAUUUCUUAUACAAAUGACUGUAUCCAGUGACAAAACUUUUUGAAACUGUGUUUCUGUUUCAGAAGCCAAGAUAUUACCUGUUGAACUGUGUACAGUACUUGGAUGUUAAAAAGUUCUAAAAAGUUAUUUACUAAGCUUUCCGGUAUUAAUGUAUUCUCUACCUGUAGAAUCUUACAUGUUUGACUAUUUAGUCAUUUGGUAUGGAGACUGUCAGUGUAAUUAGAAACAAAUGCUUACUGCAGCUCUCAUCACAUUUAUCGACAAGGUGUUAAUGAAGUACUCUUCGCCUUCGUUGUCAGUUACCAGUUUAACAAUAAAAUUCCCGUCGUUCUCAUCUUAACAUGUAUACGGUAUCUCUUGAGAAAAAUUUUAAUGUUUUUAUGUCGUUUACUUACAUCCAGAGCGUAAGGAAAUUAAUCUUGCCAUACUUAUUGACUUGUGAUAGUAUUUAUGUUCGCCUACUUUGAAAUCUAGGCGACUGUGGUUUUCAUUUCUAGCAGGAUACUAGAACCAGUGAGGCAUUUUGAAUGACAUUAUGAAUUUCUUUACAGCACUCAAGGUCCAUUGAAAUGAAGAGUAUGAAGAUUGAUGCUGGUUGUGGUGUGCAGUGAAAAUUUUUCGCAAGAAAUUUCAGUAAAUGUAAUAAAUAUGGAGACCUAGGUGGUCGCCAGUCGGCACAGAGCUGUUUGCGCCCCGUUACCCAGUGUUUACGUGGCAAAGCAGGUGAAACUGUACUGAACCAACAUUCGUAUUUAACAUAUUCUCUUGUGAAACUUUUCGUUGCAAACCCCAACAUGAAUCAUUAUACCCUACAUUUCAAGGACAUGAAUUGUGUUACAGUUGUAGCUACUUGCAAUAAUAAUACGUAGCUGUCUCAGUUUCUGGAUGGGUAAAAGCGAAGUUGAGACCAUAAUAAUCUCUCCUUUGUGUACCCUCACUACACGGACACCUCAUUUCGAUAUCUUCAACACUUUAAAAAAUUAUGUUACUAGCUGAGGUGACACGCCGGGAAGCCUGGACCAAUGCUGCAUUUGACCAGGUGCGACGUAUCCAUUUUCUGGGCCACUGGCCGUACAAAAGCAAAGAUGGGAGCUAUUUCGUUGGAUUUUGCCCCUGACAGUGGAAAGGGUGCCGACUGCGUCGCAGUGGAAGAUAUUUUGCGAACAUUACAUAUUCUGAAACCAACCAUAGCGUCAUCAGUCUAUUUAACAGAAACAAAUUGUCAAACACAUUCUGACCGCAACUGGGACAUAGCUUCGACAUUUGAUGUCAGUGCAGUAUUUUCAAAACAACUCUCGCUUCUUGAGGACAUCCAUGACAACGAAGUGAUUUGUCAACCUGCGACAUUGAACCUUCUGUUUUCCCUUUUCGUGCCCUGUAUUUCAGACCGGUCGAUGAGAUGCAAAUUAAGGCAGUAGAAUGGCAUUCGGGAGGAGUGGGAUUCAGAUCCCCGUCGGCUCACUCUUAUUUAGCAUUUUCCAAAUCGCUGAAAGCGAAUGGCGAGAUGGAUCCUAUGAAUAGGACACUGCCGAUUUUGUUGCGAAGGUGCCUGGAGGAUGUAUUGAUUGGCGCUAAUAGUGGAAGUUAAUGGGCAAAGUGAGCAGCCGUGGAAAAUCGCUCUCUUAUGUAAGUACUGUCAUCCGUAAUAUGCAAUACACAAUGCAUACUCUUUAAACAACACUGUUUUAUCUUCAGAGCAUUAUUUCCGGUAGAAUGCUUUGUGCAGAUUGUUGUAGAUGUUCACCGUAUCCUCCUCUGGGCAGGCAUUUCAACCACACCAUCUAAACCUUCUUCAAUACCUGUAACUUUUCUCUUGUAUUUCAACUGCAAUCUCGCCUUUGUAUUCGUAAUUUUCUUUGAUGCGAGCAUGUUCUGCUCCAAUAUGGAAAUAUGUCGUUAAUUCUAACGGUGUGUGUUUGCACCCACUCACUCAUUUUCUUGAAUUCUCAGUUGAUUUUUGGCGAGUAAGCCGUUUUUGUUGUUACAAUAGUCUAUUACUGAUGUUCAUCGAAAGCCAGACGGUUGCAAGAAAAGGCAUUCAUUCCUUAUAAAACAAAGGUCCGUUCGUGUGAUGGUCAGAAGACCUUCAGAGAAACAAUCUAAACAAAGCAAAUUUGUGAGAUUUUGCUUGAAGUAUGAGUCCUGUAACCAAAAUUUUACUUUAAGUCUGAAUGUAUCACGUGUAUGAUGAUAAGACAAUGCAUAAAAUAAAUAACGCUGUUCCAGAUUAAAAAAGUAUUGUCUUGAUAUAAGACGAAUUCUCGAAAAAAGACAAGAUGAUUAACGCUGCAAAUUUGUUACUUGCCACAUCAGUAUUUUUAGCAAUUGUUUAAGAUGUCUGAAUGUGAGGUCUCCAUACCAAAGACACAUAUAGAGCAAUUUCUUUCUAAUUACAAAAAUGUUACUAAGUUGUAAUGUCACUGUUUCAUAUUAGCCUGAGAAUUUCACCAGUCUGUGCUAUAGUGUUUUGUAUAUAUUCAUGUUAUGGAUUAGAUCUUUUUCA